CAUAAAAACUUACGUAGUUUUUUUGGUGAACUCAUUCAAUGUAUGUAUGUAUGUCCUAUACUUUAACCUUCAAACUUUGUCUGUUACUUCUUGUUUCUAUCUGACACAUAAAGUGAGAGAGAGAGAUCUUCACUUUUCAUUCUUCUAUCAGUUUCCUAGAUUCUUCCAAACACUGUUAUAUAUGUUUUUUUUUAACAAGACACUGUUUAAGAGUUACUAAUAUGAGCUUGAUUUGAAAAUGGGGUUGGUCUAAAGGGUUGUCAAGAGCUUUCUGUAAGGAAAAGAAAGAGUCUUGUUUUACUUUUCAAUUCUAUAUUGAAAAAUUGGUAUUUCCCCCAUCUCAUGGGGGGUUUCUGUAAUUUUUGAAAAUUAUUCAUCUUUGGAGUGUGCUGUGCUGGAUUUUGAUGUGAAGUGGGGAACCACCAGGUUCAUUUGGGGUUUCUGACAAAUUUCUAUUUGUUAACAAGUUGUAUUGUUAUUUUAGUCUUAGCCUUCUGGUUAUUGGGGGAAAGAGACUUUGGUAAUCUGCAAUUCGAGCAAGAGUUGUGAAGAGAUUAGAAGCUUCAAUUUGGUCUCUAUAUAUGGUCCCUUGUUUAGUUGUAUCUUUAUUUCUAAAUUAGGAAUCAGAAUCACUGAUCACCAGUCUCACUAAUAAGUCAUAGGUUGACUCAAAUGUUGUAUCAUGAUUUCUGUUUGUAAAGCUUUCAAAUUUGACGAGGAAUGAGACACUUAUUUUAAGUCAAUUAAGUAUACGUUUGGUUUAGCUUUCAUCUAUUCUUUCUCGAAUUCCAAGGAGUUUCAGCUGUGAAUAUAUAAAAAUUGUUGCUUCAAGGUGGAUGCGCAUUAAGUUGAAUUCUACUGUCAAAACAAAAAUUGGCCAAGUUGCCUUAGAUUUUUUAAGGCAAUUCGUCAUAUAUAAGGUUCGGACUGUGGUUUUGGAUACUUCAAGAUGGCAGAAACUGUAAAAGAACCAAGGUCAUUGGCCUUGACUCCUACCUGGUCCGUCGCCACUGUGUUGACCAUCUUUGUUGCCGUCUCUUUGCUUGUGGAGCGCUCCAUUAAUCGUUUAAGCAAUUGGCUGCGGAAAACUAAUAGAAAACCUUUGCUUGAAGCUGUGGAGAAGAUGAAAGAAGAGUUGAUGUUGCUCGGAUUUAUAUCCCUCCUACUUACUGCUACAUCUGGCAUGAUAGCCAAUAUUUGCAUUCCAUCAAAGUUCUAUAAUAGUGCUUUUGCUCCGUGCUCUAGAUCUGAGAUCAAUAAAGAAAUCGAAGAGAAUGGCUCCGAAGGACGUAAAUUAUUGACGGCUUCUUAUCCACGCUUAAUUAGAAGGAUGUUGAAUGGAAUGGAUAGAAACUCCUGCAAAGAGGGUUAUGAACCAUUUGUUUCGUACGAAGGUCUAGAGCAGUUACAUCGGUUCAUUUUUGUCAUGGCGAUAACACAUGUAUCUUACAGUUGCCUAACAAUGUUGUUAGCCAUUGUGAAGAUUCACAGUUGGAGAGUGUGGGAGGAUGAGGCUCACAUGGACCGGCGCAAUUAUUUAUCUGAAAUUACUAGGCAGAUGACUAUGCGAAGGCAAUCGACUUUUGUCAAGACUCAUACAUCAAAUUCAUUAUUCAUUUGGAUGACAUGUUUUUUCCGACAAUUUGGGCAUUCUGUGGUUCGUGCUGACUACCUUACACUUCGCAAAGGCUUCAUCACGAAUCACAACCUUUCAUCAAAAUAUGAUUUCCACAGCUACAUGGUUAAAUCAAUGGAAGAGGAAUUCCAAAGGAUAGUUGGUGUGAGUGGCCCACUAUGGGGAUUUGUUGUCGGUUUCAUGCUUUUCAACAUUAAAGGAUCAAAUCUCUAUUUCUGGAUAGCUAUCAUUCCUAUAUCGCUUGUUCUUUUGGUGGGAACAAAGCUACAGCAAGUCAUUGCAACCUUAGCAUUGGAGAAUGCUGGAAUUAGUGGUUUCUUUUCGGAAGCUAAGUUGAGGCCUCGCGAUGAACUUUUCUGGUUUAAAAAGCCUGAACUAUUACUGUCCUUAAUCCAUUUCAUUCUCUUCCAGAAUGCUUUUGAAUUGGCUUCAUUCUUUUGGUUCUGGUGGCAGUUUGGAUAUAACUCCUGCUUUAUUAGGAAUCACCUCCUUGUUUAUUUAAGGCUAAUCUUGGGGUUUGCUGGGCAGUUUCUUUGCAGCUACAGCACCUUGCCACUUUAUGCACUCGUUACACAGAUGGGAACAAACUAUAAGGCAGCAUUAAUUCCACAGAGGAUAAGGGAAACCAUUCAUGGAUGGGGUAAAGCAGCUAGGAAGAAGAGAAGACAUGGUAUGUUCGCCGACGACUCCACCAUUCAUACAGACACAAGCACUGUAUUGUCUAUUGAAGAAGACUAUCAAACAAUCGGUGAUCCACAUAAAGACCUUGUCACUGGCACUGAAGUAGAAUUACAACCAGUACCAACUGUUACAUCAACCCCUUCACCUAUUGCUAACGAAACUUCAAGUCGGGCCGUUACGCCCCUCCUUCGACCCUCAGCUUCAGUAUCUUCAUCAGUACCAUUCAAUUCUAGACAAGAAGAACCAAUUCCAAGAUCCUCCUCUAUGCCAAGUGGAAGAUAAUAUUGAGGAAUAAUGGAAGCAAAUCAUGAUGCCAAUGAAUAUAAAUGAAACAUGGCAAAGGGUAAGGGUAGUAGUACAUUGAUAGAUGUGUCUUUUGUAUGAAUAUUACUAGAAGCUCUAUAUAAGGUGACUUGUUUUUGUUCCCAUAAAAAGCCAUGUAAGGUAACAAUGCUUUAUUGGGACAAUUGUAGAAAGGUUGCAUUUUGUGUCUCUUGAUGCCUAGGAGUUGCAUUUCAAUUCCAACACAGAAUCUUACAUAUGAAUACAAAGUAGUGCAAUACAACUAUUUAUAUAAUCUAUAGUUGAGGAGACACUGAAUGUAGUGUAUUUUUUUGUAACGUAAGGAAUUGUUGUGCAAUACAUUAUUUUAUCUAA